CCCGAUUCUCUCCUUGGGACGAUUUUCGCAGCCGGGUUGCUUGCCGGUGAGCAGACAGCAAGGCACGUUGGCGAAAGCAUCUCUUACCCUUCUGCUACUCCCAGUCACAUUACGCCCGCUUUCGCAGCUAUGUUCAGGAACGCUCUCCGCACAGCAGCUCGCCCUUCUGCCUUCAGGCAGCUUGCUCGCUCCUAUGCCACCGAGGCGGGACCCGCCAGGUUGCGUGUGAGCUUUGUGUCUCCUCACCAGACCAUCCUCGACAAGUUUGAGGCGACGCAAGUCAACUUGUCGUCCACGGAAGGAGACAUGGGUAUCCUCGCUGAGCACGUGCCAACCAUCGCUCAAUUAAAGUCUGGCGCUAUUGAGGUUUUCUCGGCCACUGAGAAGCCACAAAAGUUCUUCGUGAGCGGAGGGUUCGCCAUCAUCAACCCCGAUUCCACCCUGAACAUCAACGCUGUCGAAGCUUUCCCGUUGGAGGAUCUUGAUUUGGACGCUGCCCGCCGCGCCCUCGACGAUGCCAACCGCCGUGCUACCUCUGGUGGCUCUGAGCAAGACAAGCUGAUCGCCAAGGUGGAGGUUGAAGUGUACGAGGCUGUUGUUGCUGCCAUCAGCAAGUAAAGGGAUGUAGAGAUACAAAGGCAACAUUCGAAUCAUUAUCGUAUAAAUGAUACAUAGCAUU